AUGGACGCCCUCAUGGACGCCAUGCAGGGCUUCGGGGUGAGCACCACCCGCUACCUGCAGACCAACUACCAGGACGCCCGGGGCCUGUUCCUCUGGGUGUCCUGGGCGGCGGACCUCAGGAACACCUUCUUCAUCUUCUUCCCGCUGUGGUUUCACCUGCGCUCCUCCGUGGGCAUCAAGCUCAUCUGGGUGGCCGUGAUCGGAGACUGGCUCAACCUGGUCUUCAAGUGGAUCCUGUUCGGGGAGAGGCCUUACUGGUGGGUCCACGAGACGGACCACUACGCCAACGCAGACCGGCCUCACAUCGAGCAGUACCCGAUGACCUGCGAGACCGGCCCAGGCAGCCCCUCCGGCCACGCCAUGGGAGCCGCCGGUGUCUACUACACUCUGGUGACCUCCAUCCUCGCCAUCGUGACCACCGGCAAGAAGAAACAUGGAGGCCAGAAGUCCCCCGACCGGGACUGGUACCUGAAGGUGGUUUUGUGGACCCUGUUCUGGGGGGUCCAGGUGUGCGUCUGUCUCUCCAGGGUCUUCAUCGCCGCCCACUUCCCCCACCAGGUCGUCGCCGGCGUCAUCUCAGGUAUGAUCGUGGCCGAAGCCUUCAACAGGACUCAGUGGAUCUACAGCGCCAGCAUGAGGAAGUACUUCGACACGACCCUCUUCCUGACCUCCUUCGCCGUGGGCUUCUACCUCGCCCUCAAGGCGGUGGGCGUGGACCUGCUGUGGACCCUGGACAAAGCCCAGAGGUGGUGCGUGAGGCCCGAGUGGGUCCACCUGGACUCCACGCCGUUCGCCAGCCUCUUGCGCAACAUGGGCACCCUGUUCGGCCUGGGCCUGGGCCUGCACUCGCCCCUCUACGCCGAGACCAAGAGGAGCGGCGGCGGCGGCACGGCGGUCAAAGUCGGGUGCGUGGUCUGCUCCCUGGUGCUGCUGCACCUGUUCGACUCCUUCAAGCCGCCCACGCACAGCGCGGCGCUCUUCUACCUGCUGUCCUUCUGCAAGAGCGCCACCGUGCCGCUGGUCGCCGUCAGCAUCGUGCCGUACUGCGUGAACGGCGCCCUGAGGCUGCAGAGCCAGAAGGGCGCGUGA